AACAGUCACGUGACAAUCAAGCUUCCAUGUCAUAUGACUUAGUACAGGGACAUUGAGGUGCUUUGUGUCGUUAUACCUGUAUGUACGCAGUAGUGUUAAUGAUGAAGUCAAUCAUUGUGGUAUCUUUGUGUUUUAUUAACACUUUCAGUCUCGGAUACGUAGUUGAUUGGUACUCUUCUGCUCCAGAAUGGGACGAUCUCAAAGUGACAUGGGAGAAGUUCGCUACAAUGCCAAGAAAAACUUCUGAUGCCGAGUCUGAAGGUUUUAAGAUGGUGUCAGAUUGCGGAGACAUUACUGGUAUCUAUGGGAAACGCUAUGUAAAAGGAGAAGACUAUGCUCUCGUCCUGUUGUACGGGGUCAAUGGCUACAUCGCUGGAAUUCAGAUUGGAGUUGCAAAGAACAAUACCGGCGCGUUCCCGCCUUUAAGACAGAUCGGCCAUCCCUUUGUAAAUAUCGGAGAUAUGUAUUACCUGACAGCCUACUUCAUCAAGCCAGAGACAAUCUGUACCACCGGGAGAACUCCUGCUCAAUUUGAUGCUGAUGGAACUGGUGACGCCCUCUACAUCCAGAAUGGUACUGAUGCUGCUGUCCACUCACUGGUCAUUCCGAAGGAAGAGUCCGGCAUAUCUUCAACGAAAUGGACAAAGGGACACUGUUUCUAUACCAUGGGAAUGCAUUACUGGUACGAUGUCAAGGCUGACAUGAACUGUGACGACUUUUUCCCUGUGUUCCUCCUCUAUAACCAAGGAAAGCUGAACGCCUUUGGUUGGGCUAUCGAUACGAGUAUGUCCUCAGAACGCAUGGAACAUCCCCCGGAGAGCACUAUCAAGCUCUUCAUAGACCCCGUACCCCAAUGCCUGCUCCAAAAACAACAACUCUCCACUAUGCACAUCUUCCUUACAAGUUCACCGAUAACAAACUUCUGCUGAUUGGUCAAAAGACUGGCUUCGUCAUCUCCGUCAAAACCGGAACUUAUUUUGACGUCAUAUCCACGAAUUAAUUUCAGUCGCCAUUUUAAUGGCUUGCUAUCGAAAUCCAAACUCCAGAGACGAGCACGAGGAUUAAAAUCAACAUCCCAAGCUGUAACGAUGGACAUAAAAACAUGUGUUGUUUUAUAUUGUAUAUUUAUUUUUCUUCUUUAUUUACCUCAUAUUUGAUAACUCAAUAAACAAAGGAUUGACUGUA